AGAUUUUGGAAUGUUGAACAGCAGAAGAAGCAACACUGCACCAUCUAAAAUUAUCCAGUUCACUUUGCUAAUUGGCAGUUUCUUUUCAACUUCAACAAAGAUGCUUUCCACACGCGUCCAGUGCGCACUUGCGCUCCUUUCCCUCGCGCUGACACUCAGCAGCGUGUCUGCAGCACCAUCGGACUUGAAGCUCCGCCAGUUGCUCCAAAGAUCACUCAUCGCGCCUGCUGGAAAACAGGAACUUGCCAGAUACACCCUCGCAGAACUACUGUCCGAACUCGCGCAGGUAGAGAACGAAGCGCUCGAGUCCGACGAUAUGUCCCGUGCUGAGCAAGAUGAGGUGCAUCUGGAGCUGGAACGAGCUGCUGGCCCCGCACUUGCUCCUCGUGAACGCAAAGCUGGAUGCAAGAAUUUCUUCUGGAAAACGUUUACGUCGUGUUGACUUGUUUCUGUACAUAUCUGAACCAUAUGUAUCUCUCUUUCUCUCCCUCUCUCGCUCUCUCUCUCUGACUUACUUCAUGCGAUUUUUCAUCUUUGACAAAGUUCAACCGACAACUACCCUUAAAAAUAAAAGUAUGUAAAUACAUAUAAUAUAAACUGUGAUAAUGGUUACUUCACACUGACAUUGAUAAUAGUUUGACUUAAAAAUAGUUCGAUUUAAUUUCAAAUAUUUAAAAGUUUUUCGCCCGUAAGAAUUGUUCAAGAAUGUUCUACAAAUGUAUGAAAUUCUGCUUUCAAUAGUGGUUUAUGUAUUCUGGCAGAUAUACUAUUUUUAAUUGUUUGUUUCAAUAAAAUCUACGUUUAAGACUUCAA